GAGGUUCGUUCGCGAGACAUUAGCUGAUUCAGUGUCCAGGUGACUGUUCCACGCAUCGGGAGAGAGUGCGGUCGGCUGUGUUAGAGAGGCACAGCUGAAUAGGUCCAAGCAGUUAAUCUGACGCUCCAUGGAACAUCAGGGAUAGAAUAAAAGAGGCAAUUUGACUUCAUAUUAAGGAUCUCUGUGUGUAUAAAUUUGAUUCGAUUUUGUGAAUACGUUUCGGCUCAUUGUAUAUCAGCAAGUGGUGUAGUUAAGCCUCUAUUAUAAAUCCCAAUACGAGUGGUCGCUGAUUUUCCUUUGGGCGAUAUUCAUAUGAAGAACGACAAAGGAACAACGAAAAGUGAAGUAAAGAGAGGACGGGAAAAAAUAAGCGAAUUUGAAUAGAAAGGGCCACCAAAGCAACACGGAGAGCAAACAACCAAUCAUCCAGCCAAGCAAAAAAAAACAUGAAGACCGAGAAAUCUUGGCUUCUGGAAGGAUGGAGACACAAGUUCAAGAAGCCUUCCUUUCAAGAAACAGCCUAUGGACCUGUAAGAGGCACAUCCACUGGUCCCACCGCACGCUACUCUGGUUAGUGGUUCUCAUAGGACUUGUGACUACAGUAGCGGCCACCUGGGCGGCUAUGAAUGCCCUGUUGGCACCUGGACAAUACGAAGGCACCUGUUUCGACUCCGUAUAAGUACUGUGGUACUGAAUACCCUGUGUGGCAUCUCUAUGUGAUUGGGGGUAAAGAGGGGGGGGGGGUAGAAAGAUUCUUCAUUGCUGUGUUAGGGGUCCACGAAUUGUGAUUUUUUUAUUUUUUUAUUUAAGGGUUGUGUGUGGGGGAGGGAUGAAUGUAGACCUUUUUUGCUCAUUUAUUGUUUUGUGGAUAUAUUGUAUGUUGGUUUCUAGUCCGUCAAUGAUUAGCGUUUAGAUAAACAGGGUACCUUUGUUAGUAAUUUUUUUAAUUAUAAUUUUUUGUGUUUUUCAUCUCCAUAAGUCCGUUUUCCUUUCAAUCUGUCGGUCUUUAUAUAGUUUUCUUGCUUCCCUUUC